CUGACCCCAUAGCGCAGCACAGAGCGGGAAACUUGAGCGAAGUAAACAGAGAAAGAGCGGCCAAUUUUCUGUUCGUGGUUUGGAUUAAAAAUGAGCAAAAAAGACUCUGGAUGUGCUGCCAUUAUCCUUACCUACUUGAAUGAGAAGAACCGACCCUACAGUGCUCAGGAUGUGUUUGGUAACCUGCAGAAGCAGCAUAGCCUUGGCAAAACGGCUGUCGUGAAAGCCAUGGAGCAGCUGGCCCAAGAAGGUAAGAUCAGAGAGAAGGUCUACGGCAAGCAGAAGAUCUACUUUGCUGAUCAGUCCCAGUUUGCUGAUGUGAGUGAUGCUGAUCUGAAGGAGAUGGACUGUCGCAUCACAGAACUCAGCAGCCAAGUGCAGACAGUCUCCCAGGACUGCAGGCGGCUUGAUGCAGAACUGAAAGAGCUGAACAGCUCGCUGACCACAGCAGAGAUGACAUCACAGAUCCAGGAGCUGAGGGCUGAGUGUGAAGGCUACAAAGAACGUCUAAAUAAAAUCAAAUCAGCUACAAAUCAUGUCACCCCUGAAGAGAGGGAAAAGGUUUACAAGGAGAGAUGCCUGUUUGUGAAAGAGUGGAAGAAACGAAAGAGACUGGCCUCUGAUAUGAUGGGAGCCAUUCUUGAGGGUUAUCCAAAGAGCAAGAAGCAGUUUCUGGAGGAGGUUGGGAUUGAAACCGAUGAGGACCAUAAAGUGGCCAUUCCUAACAUCUGAUGCGGAAUCCAGUUUUGAGUGGGUAACCAUUGGUCAAUCCACACUGUAAUGGGCCACCACCCUGACAAAGUACUGCACUGAAAUACCUUGAUUCACACUUGUAAACAAUUUACACAUUAAAGAAAUAGAAUACAGUCACAUGAAAAA